AUGAUUCUAUUUUUUCACCUGGGUCUACGCAAUAUUGCACUUGAUUAUGGUCUUGAACGUGAAUUGGCUGUUCCUCGUACUGUCAUUGUUGGCGACACAUCAUCGGGCAAAUCAAUGCUUGUUCAAAUGUUUCUUCGAUUUCCAUGUGCAUUUUCACAUGCUAAUGUUGGUACUCGAUGUCCAGUAAAAUAUAUAUUACGUUAUGAUCCAAAUUUAAACGAUGGUGAAAUUCGUUUUAUUGAACCAAAGCAUUGGCAAGCUAAAGAUCUCAGCAAAAAUUUAGAAUUAGAAAUGGAACGUAUUGAGAAGGCUUAUAGACAUGAAGGUGGUUUUCGUCUUGAACCAUUUACUAUUGAAAUAGCCAGUAAACAUUAUACAGAUUUUGAAAUUCUUGAUGUACCUGGCCUAGUUAGUGGUGAUCUAGAUCCUAAUAAACGAGCAGCUGUCGAACGUAUUACAGAACAUUAUGUACGUGAUCUGAGUUUUAUGAUUGUACAACUCAAAGAAGCUCAGCAAUUAGCUGAUAAUACAUAUGGAACAAGACGUAUUGGUGAGCUAUGUACUAGUGAACCGGCUCAGCAAGGUUCAAAAUUUCCUGCUCGUAAGGAUUAUGCUGAACAUACAAUUACUAUUCAAACUAAAUUCGAUGCAUUCAUGCGUGAACAUGAUAAUGGUACGGUAGCCAAUGAAGAUAUUCGAACACGAAUUGAAUUUUUUCCAAAUACUUUUUUUACCAAUAUGGUUGUUAGUCCCGAUUCCAAAUAUCAAUUAUUUAAUCAACACUAUCGUCCAUUGAUUGGUAUUGAUGUUGUACGAAAACAAAUUCAAGAAUUAUGGUUACGAGCAUUUCGUGCUGCUCUACCACGAUUACAAGACACAAUUAAUCGACUUAUUCGAAAACAUUCAGACGAAUUUGAAACAGCAUUAUUUAAUCUUGAACAACAAGAUCCACGUACUGUACGUAAUAAUUAUCAAAAGUAUAUUGAAGCAUUUCGAACGACAAUUAGUGACUAUGCAGCUUAUCGAGCUGAAGUUAAUGCUUUGUUUCCAUUAGAUGAAUAUGGUCGAACUUAUGAACAAAUUGAAAAUGAAUAUAAUGAUUGGAAUCGUAAGCAACCACUUACAUGGCGUGCUUAUUUAUCGGCUAAACAAUUAAAACAAAAUUUAAAUGGACAAAUAUUAGCUACACUUGAUUUACGUUAUAUUGGUGCUCGACAUUUUGAACGUUUGCGACAGGUAUUUUCAUACAUGAUACUGUCACAUGAAGCAUUAAAUCGUGAAUGUGAUUGGUUUGAAUCAUCUCAAUCAUUAUUAUAUGGUGGUGUGAGUGAUUAUGAAAAUACAGAAAAAGCUGUACGUGAAUUACUUUUUAUAUUAAUUCGUGAAACAUUCUUAAUUGGAAUUUGUUGGUUAACACAAAUGUAUACACUUCUAAGUGAUCAUUUUGCUAAUCAUGUUAAAUCAGUUUUACUCAAUACAAAAUUUUCUCAUUUGGAAGAACAUGUUAAAUUUUUAAGUUUAGUUGAUCUUGAAUAUCAUACAGUUACACAUAAAUUUAUUCGUAAUGCUGUCACAGCUAUUAAACAUGCAAGAUAUGCUAAAAUGGUUUAUGCUGUUCAUCAUGUAUGUGGUACCUUAAAAAAUCUUAUUAGUUCAUUUUCAAAUAUGAGUAUGAUUACCCAAAAUAGCAAUGAUAAUGACAAUUUAGGAAAUAAAGUACUUCAAGUUGCUCAGGAUGCUAAACUAAAACUAGCAACUGGUAUUAAUCCUGUUGCAGCUAUUGCAACUUCAGCUAUUACUACUGUUACAAGUUGUAACAAUCCACUUGAUUUAAUUUAUGCAACAGGAAAAUUUCUUACCAAUGAUCGAAAUCCACAAACAGUAAAUUAUUUACCACAAACAUGUGAUAAAGUUAGUGAAUUGUACACAGCUGUGCAUGGUCAACUUCUUCAUGAUAUUAUAACGAAUUUUUUUGCUAAUCUAGUUCUCGAAAUUCAACAAUAUAAAUCAAUACCAAUUGAAAAUUCUCUACAAAAUCGUCUAAAUCGUAUGUCAGAUAAAGAUAUUGCUCAUAUGGCUAAUAUUGAAAUUGAAAGUAGUCGUCAAAAAGUUCUUAGUAAUCAUGAAAGUAUUAAACAACUUGAACAAGCACGUGAUGCUAUUGAAGAUGUUAUUGCACUUAUUAAUAAUAAAAAUAUAGACGAUAAUUUAUAUGAUAUGAAUGAUGAUAUUAAUAAUAUUAAAAAACGUAUUCGAGCAACACAUGCAGAUACACGUAAUAAACGUUUACGUGAUAUUGAGAAAAAAUUAAAAAUACGUCAACGACAUAAGAAAAAACAAACCAAUACAAUUCAAUAUAAUAAUAAUCAACAUUUAUCAUUUAAUGUUAUUAAUAAUGAGAAACAAAUUUCAAUUGAUUCAAAUCAAGAUGAAGAUAAUAGUGAUGAUGAAACAAGUGAAUUUGAAGAUGAACAUGGACUUAUGAGAUAUGAUGAUAAAACAUCAAGUGAAACAUAUUUACUUGGCAUUUUUAGAAAACAUGAUCAAGAAGAUCUCGAACUUGGAUUUCUUAAUGGUGAUUCAUUGAAAGCAGAUGUCAAAUUUGUCGAACAACGACAACAACAACAACAGAAACAACAAGAACAAAAAUCUACCUUAAUGACUAAUAUGACGUCAAAUGUACGAAUGAUUGCAGAGAACUUGGAACAAAUAUCAUCUCUUCCUAUAAACAUAAAUUCCAUAUUACAACAGCGUAAAGAUACUUCGUCUGACUUCGUAUCCGACGAUGAAGACGAUCGAAAUUCGGUAGUUGAAGUUCCUUCUAAUAAAACAGGUUUGUUCUUUGUACAUUUAUGAUAGUAAAAUGACAAUAGCCGACGUUAAAAUGAUAAAAAAAUAGUCACAAGUAUUUUGUGAUGAUAAGAGAGUCUGAUUCGUCUUUCUAUCGAAAUAGUUAUGAUAAAUUUUAGUCCAGACAGAAAGUCA